AUGAAUGAAGGAAGUUAUAGAAGGGUAGGUAGGUACCUCAUAUGUAGAGUUAUAGGGUGAAGAGAUAGAUCAGAGAUUUGUGACGAAACAGUGAUGGCCCCAUAGAGUGGAGGGAAGCCUAAAAUUCACACUUGAGUACUUGACUUGAACAUGUCAUAAAAGCUUUUGAGAAAAUGAAAAAUGGUCCAAAGUUCUGGUCCAGAAAAAACCAGAAAACGUCUGCGUAGAGUGUGUGACUAUUCAAGCAACAGCAGGAGAAAAUUUCAAAACUUUUCUUCUCUUUCUCUCUCUCUCUCUGAUCCACAACGGUUCUCAAGCGAUACAAGGUAUUAGAGAGAAUGCAAACAACAACAAAAACAACAAACACCAAAUCUGCUAACCCCGAAACCUAUAUAGAAAAGCAACAAGAGGAAAAAAGCAUCGCAUCGGUUCCAGUUCUCUGCUUUGGACCUUUCUUUUGGCCCCUUCUCUCUCCUCGAUACUCACAACAACACAACCUCUCUCUCUUUCUCUCUCUAUACAUGCACACAACAACUCCAACCACAACAACAAACAACAAUCCAACGUAGUAACAAAUGAAAAUGGUCUCACUCUUCACAACUUCACGUUUAUUCAUUCAUUGCUUCCCCAAAGUCAAAAUACAUCACUCUUUUCACAGCUAAAACCCCACACCCUUUUAUUUUAUCAUUUUGUAUUUUGCAUUUUGCAUUUUCCCAUUUAUUAACAUUUUCUUUUCAUAACAAUCUCUUGCUCCAUCGUUUUUAUUUGCAAAAUUUACGACUCUAGUAUCAUUCGAAGAAAUCUAACGUUGGUGUCCCACACCAACAUUGCUUCAUCUUUCACAUGCCACACUUUCUUCUUAAACCCACCACUUCCUCUUUCACUACCUAGCUAGAUAAAUCUCUCUCUCUCUCUCUCUCUUUCUGUUUAUCUAUUUUCUCUUCUCUUCUCUUCUCUCUGUGUUUGUGCGCCAUUCAUUGAUUCACCGGUGCUGGGAAGAAUGGUGCAGGAGCAGCACCGGGGAGAGCGAGAGAAACGGCCUAAGUUCUUCAUAAACGACAACAUAGACAUUCUUCGGGAAAUCCUGAAACGACUCGACGGUCCCUCGCUGGGUGUGGCGGCGUGCGUGUGUCGUCUGUGGUGCAGCCUCACGCGCAACGACGACUCUCUCUGGGAGCAUCUCUGCUUCCGCCAUGUCUCCACGGCGUCGGUGCGCGCGGUGGUGGUGGCGCUCGGCGGCUACAAGCGCCUCUACAUGGUGUGCGUGCGGCCGGUGCUGAGUCGACUCGGAGAGUCGGAGCGAGUGAGGAAACGGGUGUGGACUCGGCACGAGGUGCAGCUCUCCCUCUCGCUCUUCUGCAUCGACAGCUACGAGAGGCUCGGAAGUGGAAGGAUCGCCAGCGACGCGUCCGCAUCGUCCCUCAUGUUCCUCUGCAACACCAUCAACGUCUGAUCUCAUCAUCUCUUCUAAAUUUUGCGCCUUCGGUAUUAUUAUUAUACACCAAAUUAGAAAAUAUCACCAAUUUCUUUGUUUAUUCUCAUCUCUUAAUUUCCUCAUAUCAUAGUUGAAUUAGGACAUAUCAAUAAAAAAAAUGCAUGUAAUAAUCGUGGAUUAUUCCCUCCUUAUCUUUUAUUUAUUUACAUGCAGCUAUCUAGCU